ACAAAGACGCGUUUUUAUUGGAUGAUGCAGGUAAACGACAACUUGCUGAAAGGACCAAUGAACCGUAGGAGAGCUCCUCGUCGCAUCUCUCACUCACAGAGGAGGGAUGCGCCACCAAGAGGAGAGUGGAGGCAGAGGAACCAGGAGCAAUGGCGAGGCCAAGACAAAGCACAGAUGAGACCGGUGGAGGAGGAUGAUAGACGUGAACGGCAUGGUAAAGAAACAGUGCCCAGGGGGACCUGCCAGACCAUGUGCCCUGCUCAUGAGCUGUGGGACCGUCAGACGCAGAACCGCCUUCACCAUUUUGAGAUAUUAGCAGGAACUGAAAGGGAUCGACAGCCCAGGGCAGACCCAUUGCGUGCCGUCAAGGAGUACUCCAGACCAGCAGCUGGGAAAGACUCGACAAACCCUGCUGACCUCCGUCCACCUGCUGUCCUUCUGAAAACUGUGUGUUACCUUAUUGACGACAUCGCUGCCUCCCCUAAUCUGUGUCCUUGGACUGAGGUGUAUGGCUUUGUGUUUGAUCGGCUGCGUGGUGUGAAGCAGGACAUGAUCAUCCAGAGGGUGUCUGGGUUGGACUGUGUGGCCAUUUUAGAGCGGACAGUACGCUUCCUCAUCUAUGCCUCUUAUCGCCUUUGUGGCGAGCCCCUGCGGCUCUACGACCCACGCAUUAAUGAUACACACCUACAAGAGAAUCUAAGCUGGCUGCUGGAUUGCUACGCAACUGUAACAGAACUGCAUCCCAACCAGGAAGAGUUUCAGGCUCUUGGUCUUCUGUACAACUUGGGUUCAGCUCGUGCCACACAGCACAUCAUGGAGCUCCCUGAGCGGCUCCGCAGUGCUCCUGCCAUCAGGCUCGCUCUGUCUAUCAACCGGGCUUAUCUGGAGCGAAACCCUGUACGUGUGCUCCGAUUGGCUCAGAGGCUGAACUUCCUGCAGUGUUGUGCGCUCCACCAGCACCUGGUGACAUGUCGAAGAGAUCUGCUGCUAAUAUUCAGCCACGGAUACAGCAGUCGCAACUGCCGCUUUCCACUUGACAGACUUGCUCAGCUCUUGUGCUUAGAUGUGCCACUUACAGCCCGACUCUGUCAGGCUUAUCGAGUGGAUGUUAGCCAGGACAGCCAUGUGGUUUUCUCCAAGGCUGCUUUCACUGAGCCUGAACAAGGGACACUGCAUUGUAAACUGUAUCACAGCAUAGUGGCUGAGAAACAGAGAGACCUCACUGUUGGGAGUAUCAUUCACGGUUGUGCUUGAGACAAAACAAGGAGUUAAUUAGUAAUACGAGUAAUGCUUUAUAGGGAAAUUCUCUAUUAACUCCCAGCUCUUCACAGGAAAGUCACAGUGCAGCUGACAGGGAUUUAAAGACUUGUUCAAGGACACUUCAGCAGUGCAGCUGUUUUGUUACUAAGUGGUUUCAGCACUCUAGUAGCCUCUACUUUUGUUAUCUUGUUGUUGGAUAUGAGCCCUGGGGCUUCCCUCCAGGAUGCAUAGUGCCAGUGUUUUAUAAAUUAAAUGCUUCAAAACAAACAUGUUCAAGACAAGGAUUAGGACUAGGGUUGUUGUUGGGUCUGCUAUACUGUAACUGAGAGAGGCUGAAUUCAGGAAAAAAGUUUCCUCUUAGUUUGGGAUGUGCUUUUACAUCAUCAUCACGCACAUGAUGCCUAAAUUACUAAGAAAUGUGAAUUGUUUUUAUAUUACUGUUUGCUGAUUAUAUCCUCAAUUUAAAUGUUUUUUAAUACCAUAUUGUAUUUUUUGUUCAGCAUUUUAGAAAACCUGCUGGAAAUUUUACUGUGCAACAGUGUUCAUUCAUUCUCAUAAAUGCAGUACUUCAGAAACAUUUCAAUAAAUUUUGUUACCUACAA